AUGGAGAUUCAGCGGGAUUACCCAAAUGUGCACUGGAUCUGGCGAGGAGGCAUCUCUUUUGUAUACGAAGUCGAUCCUCACAUCGUCGUCAAGGUCCCACAGAACGGUGACUUCGAGAAAGAUCAGUUCAAGAAGGAACUCGAAAUCUACAAGACGUUCUCUCAGAACCCACCUUGUCCGUCGAUUGUGCAGUGCUUCUACUACACUGAUAAUGGGAUAUUUCUUGAGUACAUGCGAGACGGCACACUCUGGGAGCGAAUCCACGCACAUCAGAUGCGCGACGAGAAAACCAGGACAGUCACCCAGGUCACAAAGCUAGAGCCCCUCGCCCUCCGCAAAGAAUGGAUGAACGCCCUCGCGCAAGCCGUCGCCUUCCUCGAAUCUCUCAACCUCGCACACGGCGACCUCCGCCCCCCAAACAUCCUCCUCAACGGUGACACCCUCAAACUGUCAGACUUCGACGCGACCGCUGAAAUCGGAACACACUUCGAGUGCUGUCUAGCGCCCUACGGACGGCUACUCAAUAAGCACGAGGCGGAUUUAGGACAAUGCGGGUCAGCUGGGGACAUGGGUCCUCGAACGGAGACCUUUGCUCUAGGCUCGCUUUUCUUCUUUAUCAACUAUGGGUUUGAGGUCUAUGAGGAUCGGUGCCUUGAUGAGGAUCCGAAAGAGCAUGGACCAAGGGUUGUGGAUCUGUUGCAGGAUAUGGUGCUCCCGGAGCUGGAUGGCGAUCCGGUGGUUGAUGAGGUUAUUCGGGCGUGCUGGUUUAAUCAGUUUGCUAGGGUUGCGGACUUGGCUGCUCAUACGCAGACACUUGUUACCGUGGUGCAAGCGAGUGGAGGAACUCAGGCGGGAGAGCUUAGUGAUUGUGAGUACGGCGAUGGGAAACACUGUGCUUUGAAAGAGGGUGACGGAGAACAGAACGAUGGACAGCCGAAUGCGGGGGAAGGCGACGGAGAUCAGAGGGGGCAACAUGUCAACAAAAAUCCGUACAAUGGAGGAGACGGCGACACAGAAACUAGCGCUGCAGCAAAAUUUGGAGAACAUACUGGAGAGCAGAAUGACAGCGAGCCAGUUGGCAAUCAGGAAGCGGCCGGGGGCAACGAUGAUUACAAUGGCCACGGCGAGGAUCUGUGUUCGAAACGGGCAUUAUGCCGGGAUCUGGAACAGCGAGGACUGCUUGAGAUACUCUCUUCAGCCGAGCCGGAACAACUUGGGUUCAGCCUUGAGUGGUACAGACAUAGGCUCACAGCCUAG